AUGUCAACGCUAAUCCAUGGCGCAGCCUUGGCCAGCUUUGUCUGGACCUGCGCCGUCUUCCUCGUCCAGGGCAUUGGCAUCUACAAGCUCUUCCGACACAACUCUCGGCCACUCCCGAAGCCCGUCUCGCCGUCCCUGCCGAAGGAUGAAGUCCCUCACAUCACCAUCAUUCGGCCCGUCAAGGGCGUCGAAGCCGGCCUCUACGAGUGCCUGGCGUCCACCUUCCGACUGACCUACCCGAAGAGCAAAUUGACCAUCUACUUCUGCGUUGCGUCGAAGGACGAUCCGGCCUACCCUCUUCUCCAGCGGCUCGUUGUCGAGUUCCCCGAGUUCGAUGCCAAAGUCCUAGUCGAAGAUGAUGACCCUCUGCUGCACGGCGCACAGGGUCACGUCUACAACUUGGGCCCGAACCCCAAGAUCCGGAACAUGAGCCGCGCAUACCGCGAGGCCAAGGGCGACAUCAUUUGGAUCGUAGACUGCAACGUCUGGGUCGGGACAAACUCCGCCGGCAGGAUGGUCGACAAGCUGUGCGGCUACGGCCCGGACGGAGCUCGCACGACACCCUACAAGUUCGUCCACCAGCUCCCCCUUGUCUUCGAUGUCGACGUCCCCAAAGCAUCCAAACACCAGACCCUCUUGUCACCCAACGGCGUGGCAACCCUCUCAAAAUCUAGCCUCCUCUCCCACGGCGGCCGCCUCGAAGAAACCUUCAUGUCGACCAGCCACGCCAAAUUCUACUCCGCCAUCAACACCGUCAGCCUCGCCCCUUGCAUAAUCGGCAAAAGCAACAUGUUCCGCAAAUCCCACCUCGACGCCAUGACUGACCCCUCCCAGAACCCUUUACUGUCCUCACGCGACACCAACCGCGGUCGCGGCCUGGACUUCUUCUCCUCCUACAUCUGCGAGGACCAUCUCAUCGGCGACCUCAUUUGGCGCUCACGCAUCAUCCCCGGGCACAAAAACCACGGCCUCGUCUUCGGCGAGGUCGCCAUCCAACCCGUGUCAGGCAUGUCCGUCGCAUCCUACAUCGCGCGCCGCGUGCGCUGGCUGCGCGUACGCAAGUGGACUGUCUUGGUCGCGACCCUCGUCGAGCCGGGGGUCGAGUGCUUCCUGUGCUGUCUUUACCUCUCCUUCGCAUUAACCACCCUCCCGUGGUUCCACAAUACCCUAGGCAUCCCCCGCUCAUGGAGUGCAAUGUUUUAUUUCUGGCUUUUGGGCGUAACAACUUGGAUGGCGGUCGACCGCUGGGUGAGCAGCAUGCUUCAGAAGCUGGCGAGCGUAGAUGCAGACGAGAACACGCCCGCCUUCGCUCUGGGGUCGAGUCGGCACGGAGGGAUUAGGACCAGGCCGUUUAGCGAGUGGGUGCUGGCUUGGCUGGGGAGGGAGGCAUUGGCGCUACCCAUCUGGACGUGGGCGGUACUAUUGGGGACGACGGUGGCGUGGCGGGGGAAGAAGUUUCGGGUGGGGAUGGAUAUGAGGGUUGUGGAGAUUGGAGGGGGGGAGGACCACCAUAAUGAGUAA